UCUUGUCACCUGAGCAGAUAUUUUUUGAAUGUUAGGGUUUUGCGCCGCCCGGUUUUGUAUGUGAUUAAUAUAUUAUUUUUUCAAAUAGAAUUUUCUGAGUAACACUUUUGCAAUGUCGUUCAAUUUAAUUACCACGACGGAGUUUAAUAACGUGGCAUUUCAGGAUUUUGUUUAUGGUGAUUUAGAUAAUGAUUUUGAAGACGAGUCACUCAUUGGAGGUCUUCUCUCAGAUUCGAAACAUAUAUGGCAAGCUAAGGGACCCUGUUUGGAAGUGCGUAACAUUCAAACCACUCACAAACUUGGCUCUUGGAGAUUUGGUGCUAACAUAAUACCAGAAUCAAGCAUUAAAAUAACAGCUGUAGAAGAAUUAAAAAGAUCUAAGGGCCCACUGCCUUUAUUAGUCAUUGCUGCGAACUGCUCCGUAAACCAAGGAAUAAUAUCAAUUUUUGAUAUAUUCGGCUCUAAAGUUUUAAGAACCGUGCAUAUUAGGGAGCGAAUAACAAGUCUUCAUGUCAUCGAAUCAGAUGGUGAUAAAUCUGCAGUUCUUGAUUCAAGCCCUCUGAAAUAUUUCGAUGGAAUUGUUGCAGUUGGUACGCACGGUGGCAAUGUAUUGUUAUUAGAUAUUUGUAAAGAAGUUUGUGAAAGUGUUAUUGAAAACAUGGAUGCCACUGUGCGCGACGAACUAAACCCGUGCCCAAUGGUUAUUCUAAGGAAGGAUACAGCCGGUGACAUUAAAAAAUAUGUGGAAAGAUCUGUUGAACGCGAAGAACAUCUCGCUUUACAUUUAAAUGUUGUUGCGGAUAAUUUUACAGAACAUUUCAUCUUGAAAGGUGAAAGCGGCGAUGAUCGAGUACAUGUUGAUCGAACUGAGUUAGAAGUUAGCUCACUGUUCUAUUCAGCACGCAUGGCUUCAUUAUUGAUUGGUUAUAAUUUUGGAGCUUUUCAAGCUUGGAAUCUGAGAUCAUUAAAUCUAAUAUACACAUCUCCAAUAUGUGACGAAAAUAUUCCAAUUACACACUUUACCACCCAAGAACCAGCGGAUGAUCCUAAAGCCUAUUGUUAUAUAUGGGUUUCCUAUAGCCACAAUCACCUAUUUCGCUCAGGAUUGCCGUUUGCUGUGAUGUAUGCAUUUUUUUUUGACCGGAAAAUAUUUUUAAAUGGUUACGGCAACAUAUAUGAGAAUUUUCAAAAUUGUUCAAUCAGAUUUCAACUUGAGUUGGGAGACACUCAAUCUUCAACAUGUAGUUCCCCGGUUAAAGGGGGUCUUUGCUUGGGCUUCCAAUCUCUCAACAAGUGUAUUUCAAAUAAAGAUCAAAGUUCUGUAGCCUUGUGCUUCAUUUCUUGGCUUUUUUGGGAUGCAAGUGAAGAAGUUAAUACCGCUUUUUUAUUAUUUGACUUGAACCAGUGGUACAAGGAACAAAUGCCUAGUAUGCCACAUUGGUCUCACUGCUCCAACUAUCUGAUUAGAAAUAGUGUUGGCGAACUAUUGUUUGACAUAAAAAUUGAUCAUAAGUCUCUGGUUCAAUUUAUGGGGUUGCAGCGGUUGGAACAGCAUUUUUGCCCUACGGCAUUAUCAUUUGAUCUUCAGGGUAUAACAAAAAAUGCCAUACUUAAAUUCCACAACAAAUCAAUGCAGAGGCUAUUUUUGGACAAAAUCGCAGAUAGUCAGCAUUUGGCUUUGCUGAGGCCAGAUCAUUUUUCCGAUCAAAUCUUCACUUUAGGCCUUACACCACUAUUUUCCGAUUAUCCAACGCUUAAUUCAUCGCUUCAACUUGACGACCAACGAGAAUUUCUGCUGAGUGUGGCAUUAGAGCAAAGGCUUGUCGGCUGGUUAUGCCAGGCGGCAACUAAACUGGCUAAUAAUGCCUUUAGUUCUUCAGGUUUAACCAUCUAUAAUAUUCUAAAUUGGGCGUUCCAUCGUGCGAUUGUUUUGAAAAAUUCUUUAGAUCAAUACUGCGUACCAUUAUUUGAUUACUCUGGAACCAGAUUGGACGAUAAUACUCUAACAAUGUUAUUGGCUGGGACCAAUCAAAUGAGGAAUCUGUGCAGCCUCUAUCGAUAUGUCUCUAAUAAACUCAUCCAAUUUGUUGCUGAUGGAAAGCAACUUUUAGAAGAACAGAGAUCUCUCGAACAUUUGGUAACUUAUUUUGAGGUUGUUCUCUGGAUGACAAACGUAGGACUUUUACCAGAAUGCCAACCACGCAGUGGAAUCCUAUUCAAUUUGGUGAGCGCCCCUUACCUAAUUGACGAUUUAAGAGAAUACUACAAUAAUAAGAGAGAACAAUUGCAAUUAGCCAGCAAGGAAACUUUCGUGGAAAAGGACUGUUUGCUUUUUAUUGACAACAUGAUUAAUAAUCAGACUGAAGGCGAGUUAAUAAGGCAACAGUGGCAAGAAGAUGGUGGGACUGGUUUAUAUCCACCUCCAUCAUUGCAAUCAGUUCUGCGAAUAUAUCUUUUGGAUGGUAUCGAUGUGACAUUUAAACAUUCUUUUGUUACCUAUACGCUGCUCGAUAUCGCAAUGACGGUAGAUGAACAUAACAAAGUUGUAAAACUUCUUUUAAAAUUUCCGCAAAUUUUCAACUUGAGCCAGAGUAUUAUAAAGAUAGUUCAAGCGUUUUGGCAUCUGGAUCAUGACGAUUACGAAACCGCCUUGGAAUCCAUCCUGGACCCAUCAGUGCUUGUAGAAGAUUUACAGCCGUGGCAUCACUCGGCGAUGAUGCGAUCUCUACUUAUGCAAAACCAGUCUGGUUUAGCUUUAUUAUAUUUACAGAUUCGAAAACCUCCGAUUCAAGAAGAAAAGGAUCUUCUAACUGUAGUAAGCCUCCUUAUAUCCAAGAACAUGUUGGAUGAAGCUUUCAAUUUCCGAGAUCAGCAUAAGGGAACUGCUGAUGAAUCUGCUUUAUUAACACACAUAUUCAACGAAUGCAAUAAAAAUGAGUUGCUUCAUACGUUGUUGUAUCGACGUUUGAACACAGACGAAGAAAGGGCAUUUUUCAAAUAUCUUCAAGGAAACCGAAAUCCUAAAUAUGAAGACCUGCAAAUCUUCUACUAUCUCCUUAGAUCAAGAUUUUUGGAAGCAUUUGACUCAUAUUCCCUUUCAAAGCGAAAACAGCCAAGCCCUCAAGGAUUAAUUGGCCAAAGAUAUGCUUCCACCACAGAUAACGUUGUCAAGAUGUUCAAAAAUCUGCUGCCCGACGUAAACCGCAACUUGGUGGAGACUGUUCGGAAAGAACGCACCAAUCUAUGGAAGGAAGUACCUAGAGCAACGCCUUUCUCAGUUUUCGUUCACAAUCCUAAAGACCAAAUUCACUAUAAGUCAAGUAUAAUUUUUGCAGCUUUAAGUAAAGCGAAACAAACUUUUAAUGAUGCAGCUGAUAAAACCCGAAUUGAAACUGAGGAAACCCCGUUUUUAAGAACUCCAAGGAUGUUUUUAAGAAAAUCGGUUGAACAUACUCCCGUUUUCAAAUGUCGAGUUGUGAAACAGAAGGAAACGGGAGAAUAUGGGCCUUCUCCUCCUAAGAAAUUUAAGCUUUCACCGCGCGCACCAAUGGCGACACCGAUUAAAAAAAAUAUGGAUAUUUCAAAUUCUGUACAAUCCAACUUUCAUACACCACUUGUAAAAAGAAGGAGGACAUCUCUCGAAACUACUAAUACUCCGGCUAUUUUGCCGCAAAGCAUUCUAAAGACGAGAACGUUUCUUGAAGAUAGUUUAAUGAAUGAGAAUGGUUCGACAAAUACUUCCUUAAAGUUGGACUGUGAGAAUUCAGUAACGAAAGCUCGCUUUGCCCUUACUUCUAGAAAAGCUAUUGGAACUCCUUUGAAAUCGCAUGUAAAGUUUGACGAUUUGCGUUACUCAACUAAUUCUGAAGCCCCUAAAGAAAAGAGUUUGAGCCCUCAAGAUGAUGCGUCUACAAGCUUACGAGAAAUAUCCACAACUACUUUAGUAGAAACUAAUGAUUUCUAUUGUCCGGACCUCACUUUAGAGGAACAAGAAAAUUUAAUUGCUGGUAAAUGCAGUACUCCCUUAGUGAAGAGCAAUACAUCUACUAGGAUUGGCCAGAAAGUUUUCGGACAAUUACCCGAAGUUACUGUUAAUAUUGCCGGCAAAGCCAGCAUUCCUAUUGAAGAGAACGAUCUAUCAACAAAUAGACUCAACUAUCAAAGCCCAAAGGCUCGACGAAGUUAUAAAAGAUCUUUUGGAGAAAACGUUGGUCCAGUUCGUACCAGUCCACGUUUAGCUAAAAAAUUACUCACCCAGGAAGCCUCUACCACUUCACCAUUGGAGUUAGUUCGAUCUGCUAAGUUAAAACCGCGCAAAUCUCUAUCGAGAUCUGUUUUGGAGCACAAUGCUUUUUCAAAACUUAACGCUGAUGAUAGUAUAUU